UAUGAGCAUUUCCUUGUGGCAGGCAGCAGUGGGCCUUUUCGUGCUGACGUUCGCGAGUACACUCUUGCCGUCACUAUACUUCCACAAGUAUAGUGCUUGGAUGCAUCACCAUCCCGUUAACUCGGUGCUCAACAUGGUGUUUGUCGACUACAGCUAUGUUUGGUUUACCAUAAUGUUUAGUGGUUAUGGGAUCUGGGCGUAUUUAUACCAAAGCCGGUACCACGUCUUCAGAGUGUUCGUAGCGUACGCCGCUUAUUUGGUCCUGGGAAUCGUAUGCACUGUGUGGUUCUUUGGGGCCUGCUUAUUUGAAAGAGUUGAAGUUGCAUUUGGUGGACACUGUGAUGUCGGUGGUGGGAAUAGUGGCAUGAGCCACGCUGCAUGUGAUGCGACGGAUGGCGGUGUAUGGGUCGGUGGGUUUGAUACGUCAGGACACUAUUUUGUGCUUUUAUCGUUGAGUCUCUUGCUGGUGGACCAGCUUGUGUGUCUUCGAUUAGUGGGGAACCAGCGAAGUGAUAGAUAUCAGGAAAGAAGUGAUGAGUAUCAGGGAAGAAAUGAUAAUGGAAAUGUUUCGGGGACUGUCGACGUGGGCCUCGCGCCUCUGCCAGAGCUGGUCUUGGUGUCCUCCCAGCUUCUUCGUGCCCUUAUUCUCACAGUUUCUCUAUGCCUAUUCGGACUCUGGUAUUUGGAAUUCUGCAUCACAUCGCUCUUCUUCCACACUCCUACAGAAAGGCUUACUGGCUUGCUUCUUGGUCUCACAAUCCCAAUGCUUGUACAUUAUAAACUUGCUCCUACACAGAGGGUCUCAUCUUGAGAUAGCAUAAAAGCCGCGAAGAAUUAGCACAAUUGUCGCAAAUGGGUAUAAGUACGCACGAUCCCAUAUAUAACAAAAAAUCAUAAAACACAUAAUCUAUGGAACAUCUAGAAAUAUAUCUUCGAAACAUCCACUGUUCUGACUGUGAGCAGACGGUGCGUGGCAUUUUUGCAUCCCAUUAUCAGCUUCUAGACUUCCGACCUUCACUACCGCUUAGUCAACAGAUGUCAACCACUAGUGCAAUUUACCGCCAGAACCGCAAUCAGGUCGAUUUAUAUCGUUCCUCCCAUUCUCCUGGUGCUUCCUUUGAACAUAUCAUCAAGAAGAUCACCAAAAAGAUCAAACGAGCCGGGUUUGGUGUUCUCUCGUGGGAGAUAUCUGUUGAUGGGCAACUCCAACAGAGCUCUGUGGAUGAAGCUGACUCCGAAAAUGAGCCUUCUCUGAACCAAUUCAACCCCGUUCGGGGCUUGUACUCGAAGUACAAACAAAAGUCGUUCAAAAAGAGUCACAUCCAGAAUUGCCAAAAGUGUCGAGAUGAGCUUGAA